UCGAUCAAGGUUUGAUAUAAUUGUCUGUUAUUUUCAACCUUUUAACUUGCAAGUUCUAUACGUCAUACUCAUUUCCUAUUCGUUCUGCCAAUUACUACUCCACAUUUCACUUUUGACACUAGCGACCUGUAAGGUUCGACGUGAAACCUUCCUCUCUCUUUCUAUAUCCGACCUCGUGACUGAAAGAUAAUUCAAGUUAUUUAUCUAUUAUUUUGAAAAUGGAAAGCUACCAUAAAAUGGAAUCAUCUGCUGUUCAAACUCUCCGGGACUUGGCUAACAAGCUUAGAAUUAAUUCUAUUGUUGCCACAAAUGCUUCAAAAUCUGGACAUCCAACAUCAUGUGCUUCAAUGGCCGAAAUAAUGUCUGUUCUUUUCUUCCACACAAUGCGUUAUAAGGUCUCAAACCCAAAGGAUGCAUCUAAUGACCGAUUCAUAUUGUCCAAAGGUCAUGCAGCUCCAAUUUUGUAUGCAGCAUGGGCCGAAGCGGGUCUAUUUCCAGUGUCUGAAUUAACAAACUUGAGAAAAAUUGAUAGUGAUUUGGAAGGUCAUCCUACUCCUCGCUUAAAUUUCAUUGAUGUUGGUACUGGCUCUUUAGGUCAAGGUAUUUCAGUUGCUUGUGGAAUGGCUUAUGUUGGAAAAUACUAUGAUAAAUCGUCUUACAGAACAUUUUGUGUAUUGGGUGAUGGUGAGAGUGCUGAGGGUUCAGUCUGGGAAGCCUUAAACUUUGCAUCAUUCUACAAACUUGAUAAUUUAGUAGUUAUUUUUGAUAUUAAUCGUUUGGGUCAAUCUGGACCUGCACCAUUACAACAUGACAUGGAAACUUAUAGACAAAGAUUGACAUCUUUUGGUUUUAAUGCUAUUGUUGUUGAUGGACAUGACAUUGAAGAAUUGGCCAAAGCUUUCCAUGAAGCUUCAAUUACUAAAGGAAAACCGACUGCUAUUUUAGCUAAAACAUUCAAAGGUAAAGGUUUUCCUAAUAUUGAAGAUCUUGAAAAAUGGCAUGGAACACCACUCAAUGACAAAGCUGUAUCUGUUUUGGAGGAAAUUAAUGGUCAAAUCAGAAAUAAAAAAUUGCCUGUCAACAUUCCAAAACCUAUCCAAGAUGCUCCUACUAUCAACAUAAGUAAUGUAAAAUUAUCCACUCCACCAGCUUACAAACUAGGAGAAAAAAUAGCUACUCGUUUGGCUUAUGGUACAGCAUUGGCCAAGGUUGCUGCCAAUAACAAUAGAGUUAUUUCCUUAGAUGCUGAUACAAAAAAUUCAACAUUCUCUGAUAAAAUUAAAGUUCAAUUUCCAGAGCGACAUAUUGAGUGUUUUAUAGCUGAACAGAAUAUGGUUGGUACAGCUAUUGGAGCUGCUUGCAGAGAUAGAACAAUUGCAUUUGUAUCCACUUUUGCUACUUUCUUCACCAGAGCUUUUGAUCAAAUACGUAUGGGUGCCAUUUCUCAAAGUAAUGUUAAUUUUGUUGGAUCACAUUGUGGUAUUAGUAUCGGUGAAGAUGGACCAAGCCAGAUGGGUUUGGAAGACAUAGCAUUAUUUAGAAGUAUUCCAGGUUCAACCGUUUUCUAUCCAGCAGAUGCUGUGGCCACUGAAAGAUCUGUAGAAUUAGCUGCUAACACUAAAGGUAUUUGUUUUAUACGUACAUCUAGGCCAGCUACAGCAGUUAUUUACAAAAAUGAUGAGUCAUUCCAAAUUGGUAAAGCCAAAGUUGUUAAAAGCUCUCCAUCAGAUCAAGUACUUGUUAUUGGUGCUGGUGUUACACUUUAUGAAGCUUUGAAUGCAGCUGAAGAAUUAAGUAAAUCAGGUGUCAGUGUUCGUGUUCUUGAUCCAUUUACUAUCAAACCAUUGGAUGCUCAAACCAUUAUCAGUAAUGCCAGAGAGUGCGGUGGAAAAAUUAUAACUGUUGAAGAUCACUAUCCAGAAGGUGGUCUUGGUGAAGCAGUCUUAUCAGCUGUUGCUGAAGAACGAGACAUUGCAGUAAAAAAACUGGCAGUUACUGACAUUCCACGUUCAGGUCCUCCAACAGUGUUACUAGAUCUAUUUGGAAUCAGUGCUAAAAAUAUAGUAGCUGCAGUAAAAAAAUUUGCAUGAUUUUUAAAACCCAAAAUUAUUUUGUUAAUUCAUUUUCAUAUUGGAUAUAGUUGGUCAAUGUUGAAUUUUAGUGUAUUAUUUAUUGCAUAUACUAAGCUUUUAGUUUUUAUUAAUAUAUUUUUAUGGAAAAUUUUAUACUGUUAUUAAGUUAACUGCACAAAAAAAUUCUUUUUCACUUCAAAUUUUAAUUUAAUGUUUCAUUU